CCUAAUAUAAAAAUCUGCCCGCUUUGGCGGAAAUCUCUGCGCAUUUCCUUUUCCUGUCACAGUUCAGAGCCAGAGACCCAGUACCAGAGCCCAACUCCAGCAACACGCGGGUGCUUUCGCGUACCCAGUUUAAGAGUUUCCUAAGAUGGAUUCUACUUCAAAUGGCGAAGAAGCCACUUCGUGGGAAGAACUAUACAAAAUUAAUUUGAUGCCGUCAGAGUUGUUUUUGAAGUUCAGGAAAGAAGUUCAAGGUAUUCGUGUUGGUCUUAAUUUGGAGUUCUACAAUGUUCCCACGAAUGAAUACCAAGCAAAGCUUGUACUGAAGCCCUUAUCACCUGACCGAAGGUGGAAGUUCAUCUAUGAGCCUAUACAUCAGGAUGUACGCCUUGUUUCAAAGAAAAUCCCCAUCACCAAAUUUCUAAAUCUCCAGGUUGGCAUAGGCCACAGUUUUCAGUUGAAUGCAAUUGGUUGGAAAUGGAAGCUUACUACGUGUUUGGGUGGAGAUGGCAUUUCUCGGAUUCGGAAUAAGACAACACUUGGUUUGUUUCCUGGCAUGGAUUUGCGUUUUGGGUGGAGGGCAGACUAUGUUCUUCCUGAAAUUACUGGGGCUCUGGGUACCAGUGAACCAUUGUUCAACAUGAACUCUGGACGGUUGGAAGCAUCACUUGAUAGAGUUGAGGCCAUAAUGACCCACAGUGAUAUGGCAUACUGAGCAGCUCAAAAAACCAGGAAAAAAAGAAAAACAGAUGCUCUUGGGAUGGGUCUCAUUUGGAAGCUUCCAGGCUGACAUUACUAUUAUUUUUUCUCAUCAUCUGUUUAUAUGAACUUUGCAUGCAGCUGGAUGAGCUGGAAACUAAAAAGGAUGCCAAGAUUCAGUAUACAUUGAAAAGAAGGUAAUGGAAGGGUCCAAAGUUGGGUCCGUAUUGCCAUUGGUUGGACUUUUUGGGGGAAGCAUAGAUGUUGUUUUGAGUCUGAAAUUUUUUCAUGUAAAAAAAGUUCCUUUAUGUAACCAGGUUCAAUGUACUAGUGGUCACUUUGUCUCUUUAAAGACAAUCCAACGAAUUUCGGAAGUGACGACUCUACUGUGUCAAUCACAUUGGUACUUUCUUAGCAAGCAUGUGUUUACCAUUAGAAUGAAAUAUGCUGUGAAUUCUCAUCA